AUAAUACUCAUGAAAACAAGCCUAAAAAGAUCUCAAAACUGCAAGCCAUAAUUCGAGAGUUGUCAGUCGUACCAAUUUCCAAUGAACCAUUAAUCACUGUACCUUUCGAAGAAUCUGACAUGGAAGAUAUAUCUAAUAAAUUCUACCACCUAUAUUAUGGAGUUGAUGACAUUGAAAAGAAGGGGAAUCGAACAAAUCGGAAA